ACAGGAACUGCAGGGUAAAUCGCUUCUUGUUGCUAACGGCAACAGGGAGCGAUGAGUCCAAACAAACUGAAGAAACGCGGAAGUGCUUCUAAGGUCUGAGAUUCUCAGCCUCUGGAUUCAACUUAGACUCUCAGUAAAGAUGAGCUCACCUCUUUCCAUGCUGAAGAAAAGGAGGCGCACUCCACUGCAGGGCCCUGGGGAUGAGCAAUGGGCUAAACAGAAGGUGCCUUUCAGGAGGAAUCUGCUCAAAGAAUUUCAGACAGCGUUGGCUCCUGAUGUUUCCUCUGAGCCCAAUCCUCCGCCCCCCUCUGCCCCCAGUGAAGCCUCCACUUCAGUGUCUAAAGCUCCGGCAAAGAAAGGUGCCCCUCCAAGCGACUUUGAGCUCAUGUCGGCCAUGAUGCAGCGAGUGACCCUGCUGGAGAAUACAGUGAAGAGUCAAAGUGAGGAGAUAAAGCAGAAGGACAAAAAGAUUUCAGUCUUACAGAAGAAGCUGAAGGUUCAGGAAGAACCAGGACACUCACGUGGCUCAAGUGGUAGAGACGACUUUGAAAGAACGUGCCAACAGCUGCAGAAGCAAGUGCAAGAAAUGGAGAAAUUUCUGAGUGACUACGGUUUGGUCUGGGUGGGAGAGGACGACACCAGGGAUGCGGCCGAGGACGCCUCCGCUGACAGGAGCUUCCGCAUGAACUUUGACCUCGUGCUGCAGAGGAUCAAGGAGCUGAACGUCCUCGCAGGGGACGGAGAGUCUUUUGUGCGAGCGACGUCGACGGGGGCGCAGCUGGCCCACAAGGAUCCCAUUCGACUGAUGCUUUACAGAAACGGCAUCGUCAUGUUUGACGGCCCCUUCCGCUCUUAUCAGGAACAGAGUACCCAGGAGUGCAUGCAGGAUCUGAUGGACGGUUAUUUUCCAACUGAGCUCCAGGAGAGAUUUCCAGACGGCGUACCUUUUGAGGUGCAUGACAGGCGGGAUGAGGAAUUCGCCUUCAGGCUUCCCUGGGAUACAUUUCCAGGUGGAGGACAGGCUGUUUGUGGGGAGACGUGCGAAUCGGCUGUGGACUCUACGUUACCCGGGAGGAAGCUGACCGUGGAUCAGUUCCUGAACAAGCUGCCGAAGUUGGUAGUGAAGGCCGGACGAGUGAUUGACAUCAGGGACUCGGUGAGGGCCACCCUGCAGGGUUCAUCUGAUGCCCAGAGCAGCAGCUCAGUGAUCCUGAUAGACACACCAGCUCUGCAAGCAAUGACAGGGAGGCCACUGACAUCCACCGCCGACCAGCCGCCCGUCACCCGAGGCGUCGUCACGCUCAGGGUGAAGUCUGAAGAUGGGAGUCAAGUGUACGUGGUGACAAUGUGCUUCUCGGAGACGGUCGGUGACCUGCGGGAGUAUCUCGACAAACACAGAGGGGUCGGCCGGCCUGGUUAUGACAUCAUCAGCGCGUACCCACAGCGUCACUAUGACGACGACGGCCAGACCCUUCAGUCAUGUGGACUCUCAACCAAUGCUACUCUGCUGCUGCGAAAGCGGAACGGUCAUUCACUGACUGAAGUCAAUAAACCCAUAGAAGGUUACGCAUGACUCGCAAAGGAUUUUAUUUUAAACGUGUCUUCAUUCAGACAGUAGGAGUUAGUGAGGACAUUAACGAUGUCUCCACUCAUGUGUCCCAUGUAAUCAUGAACAGACUUGUCCUAUCAGAGGAAAUCAGUGUGUUUGCAGAAGAAUUGCAGAAGGAUGAGUAGAAACUGGACUCCACGUAGACAGUGGUGUUAAAAUCUAUCGGUCUUCUAUUGAAUGAAUACAUAAAGACAAUAAAGACAAUAUACAAGUUUAAGAAAAAUGUAAUUUCUUUGGUUAUACUUACUUUGUACAUGUCAAAACGGCAUAUUCUGAUUAGUGUUUUGGGGGUAUGUAAAUUCACAUAUAUCUUAUUGAAUCAAACUGUUAAGGUGGAACCUCUAGUCAGACUAUGUGGGGUUGAAGAAAUAAUGUCUGUGUAAAAGUAGACAGUGCAACAACCUCCAAACUGAAUAAAAAUAAGCAAUUUUACACCUGUAUUUAUCCUCUUAUUCGAUCUCUUUAGCGUAAAAUUGAUUUAGUUGAGAACAUUUCCUUUGUUUUCUCCAAGUUUCUCCAAAUGCCUACAUCACCGCAUGCAACUCACUGGGUUUAUUUUUAUGUAACGUAACAGAGACCACUGGUAGCCCACAAUUAAUUAUGAUACUAACUAAUAUUUAAUGUGUAUCUUUCAAGUCUAGGCUGACACCCAAUCCACUUAUUAAUAGAGUCAGACAACCUGAUGAAAACGGGUGCAUCACCUAUAGAAAGGUGUUACUUACCGUCUGCAGAGAAACAAUGAGAACACGUUAAGAACAUCGGGUCAAAAUGAAAGUGGAAAUUCAAACAAAUUAAAACCAAAUGUUGAAAAUCUUUAUUUCUAAAAUACGCAAAUACAAACAAGGACAAAAGUAUGAAAAUAUAAACGUCUUUUUUCCCUUUUGCAAAAACAUUUGAGAUGUUAAGGCAUGCGGAGCCUGACUUUCUAAAGUUAAACCUUGUGCUACUGAAGUUUAAAGGUCCCAUGAAAUGAAAUAAAAAAUGGCUUGUGUGUCCCUGGCUCGUGUGAUUUUGUUGCAUAUUUUUCACGUUAAAAUCCCUCUUUAUCCUGUCAAGUCUCUUUGAAAUGGCUUAUCCAGCACUUAGGGCAAAUAUAAAACGAGAACAAUGUGAUUUCGGGGGGGUGAUCCAGCCAACCCCUCUAAACACCUGAAGAAAGUCUGCCCUGCUCCAACGUCCUAUUUAUAAUGGGACACAUCAAACCACAGACGAGAGUUACAAUCUUUAAGAACACUUCAUGGGACCUUUACACACUGCGGAUGCAAAGUUAGCACAUUAUUACAGCAACACAACAGGAAGGACCCAGAACGCUUUCACACUGAGUUGUCAAAGCAAACAAAACAAUAAAUAAUACUGAAGAUUAAUACUGUAAUACUCAGUCACGUAUUCAUCAAACAGUUCAACACUCUGUCGAAUGCUAGUCGGCCAUUAUCAACCUGAAAUGUACAGUAUGCGGCGACGUUACUCGUCUAAUUCUACACAGAGCACCCAGAUUUACGAGUUUUUAUUCGACUUCAAUCGUCUACCGAGGAAAAGAAAAAAAAAGUGACGGGGCCAAAGUCUUCUACUACAUUCAGUGUCAGGGAAUGUAUGGACUAUUCUACUGGUUGAUUCACAGAGAAAAAAAGGACGUACUGGAAGAGUCAGCUGCAAACAGCCCUUUGUGGUUGGUCUGAAACUGAAUUAUUAGCAUUGUAGUUGCAAACGUGACAGAAAGGCACAUGUCGGUGUUCACUCGGAGGAAGGCCCUGCAGCAGAGAGGAGCGCUCGCAAACAAUCGCAGACUUUGCACAACUGCUUUCGACUGGAGUUUCUUUGGUAUUAAAACGGUUGGUAGGCCUGUUGGUGCGAGAGGCUGAUUUGGUUUUGAACCCUUCAGUUGAUACGUCUCAUACCUCGCAGCAGAGUCUAACAUUACAGUGUUCACCAUUUUAAAUAAUGGCGCAGUAGUAACAUUUCCUUGCGAACUCAGUUAAAAGCACAGGUUAAAAUAAUUUCAGUUGAUUGUCAACCACUUCUUGGAUAAUUUCCCUAAAGGAGGAAAUUAAGAUUUCAAUAAAUUACAACUGUGGGACUUCUACACAGAGUUAGCCACAAGAGUGGAACUAAAAGUAUAAGACUGUUUGGUAACUGACAGCAUCAUUAUUAUUAUUAAAAA